ACUGUCCUGCAGCUCUCCCGGGAGGGCACACGGCGGCAUGGAUGUGCCCUGGUACCACGGCCCUCUGUCCAAGGUCGACUGCGAGAGGCUGCUGCUCUCCGACGGCGUGGACGGCAACUUCCUGCUGCGGGACAGCGAGUCCAUGCCCGGGGUGCUGUGCCUCUGCGUCUCGUUUAAACAUUUCGUGUACACGUACCGCAUCUUCAGGGAGAGGCACGGACACUACCAGAUCCAGACGGUGGAGGGCACCCCCAAGCAGGUUUUUCCCAGCCUAAAGGAACUGGUCUCCAACUUCAAGAAACCAAACCAAGGACUGGUGGUCACCCUUCAGAACCCAGUGAGGAGGACCAGCCCCUGCCUGAGGUGGAGGAGGUCGAAGGUGGAUUUGGAGGACGACUACGAGAACUGCGACAGUGACUACGUGAAGGUCCUGCCCUGAGGACGAGACGACCGUC